AUGCUCGGCGGCGAACUGCAAGCGCGCUCACGCAGAUUGCGCGAGGAAGCGGCGAAGGAGAGCAAGGCCAAAGAGCAGCGCAAUGCGCGCGCGCAGGUCGCCAAGGAGAAGGCUCUCGAGGCCCAGAAGCGCAUCAAAGAGGAUAUCGCCGCCACGCGUGCGCAGGCGGCCUUGCUCGAGAGGCAGGAACAGGAGAGGGCCACACAAAUAUCUGCGUGGAAUGGCGGCAUCACUUGGACGGGAAACCUAAGGGUGAUGCCGCAAGACGAGGAGAAGUUGCGUGAGAAGGGCAUUCGCCGGUAUCUUGACAAGAUAUCUCUACCGCCGUCUGCGCUUGCGGCACUGGACGCGCAAGGUGCUGUUGGUCGGUGGGGCACCAUGUUCUUCGAAGUGACAUACACAAGCCAGGGGGCGGUGCGAAGAACCUGUGCCGGAGUUCUGGAUUUCUCCGCACCAGAAGGUGUGUGUUUGAUGGGCUCGAAAGUGGCCGCGUGCCUCACCGCGAGCGAGUGCCACACAGAAGGUGCGAGCGGUCAUCGUGAGCAAAGCAGCGAGCCAGCCGCCGCGACAAGGGCACAGGGAGGGGGUCUGCCAGGAGGCGCGACGGUCAGCGUGUCGUAUAGGAGACUUCUGAAGGGCCACUCCGCGCGAAUGCUCUUGCCCAGGGAGCUGCAACAGUUCCAGGAAACAGGCGGCGAUAUUGAGAGCGUGCUGGUGGCCGCACUGAUGCAGUGUUGCUGCCUGUCGAAGGGCGAUCUGUUCCCGGUCGCACUGGAGGACGCGUCUCACAGCGUGCGGGUGCUGGACGUGGCUGCUCUCCCAGAAGCUGGGAGCGAUCUCAGCCCCGAUCCCGCAGCUGUGUCGGUCAUCGACACGGACUUGGAGGUUGACAUGGCGCUGGCCGCGGAUGCAGCUCCCGAGUCGGACACGCACUUGACAGCCCGGCCAGCACCGCCUGCCCCAAAAACCACCGGAGCGCCAAGGCACACUCCAGAUAGCAGUGCACCCAUGUCCGAAGAGGCGAGGCAGCGCUGGAUGGCCGCGAGGAAGGCCAGUCUGCCCGAGGAGCCCUCAGCCGGUGCUCCGGAUAGCGUGGAAAUACGUUUGAGGCUUCCAAGCGGGAAGAGCCUGACUCGGAGGUUUGCGACACUCUCACACCUCGCGCUGCUGUUUCAUUGGACGGACAGCGCGGGAUGUGGCCCUGAACCGUACGUCCUCAAAGCGAACUUUCCUCGCAAGACGUUCGAGAGAUCUCAGGCAGGCCAAACGCUGCUCGAAGCUGGAGUCGUUCAAAGCGGCGAGACACAGCAAGCGUUGUUCCUCGAGUACGUGUGA